AUGUUCAUGUCAUCUAAGACACCUCCAUCUUUGACCUCAUCGCCAACAGUUUCGUCAAUAUUCUCAUCCCCUUCACCCAACCAGUUUUUCUCCACUUCUUCCAAUACUCUGUCUUCAGGAUGUUUCCAUUUAACUGUUCUAGGAAGCUCUGGGGGCCCCAUCGAUGGUAAAACCUGCGCCUAUAUGAUCAAGACCGACGAAUACCCGUUGGAACAAAUCAUCUCCAAGAAAUUGGACGACCAAAUCAUUUGUGUCGAUGCAGGAUGUGGAUUAUCGAAAAUCAAUGAAAUCAUUCUCCAAGAAAACCGUUGGGUCUUUGAUAAGCCUUGCGAAACAUCGCCAGCAGCACCAUCACCAUCAUCACAACCAUCUACACUGCAAAGUCACAGAAGUCAGUAUAAAUCGUCAAUAGGAUUCAAAUGCAUGUUCAGAAACUUUUCCAAAUCUAUAAAUCCAAAUACCCUGGCAUCAGCAGAUUCCAUUGCCAAAAAUGACAAGUACAAUAACCGUCAUCUUUCCAAAGACAUCCAAACAAUGAUUGAAAAAUCUUACUCUUAUUUACCCCCUCUACGAUCGUACCCCGACUCUCUAGGGUUUUCUCAGUACAGUUGUUGUCCGAUCACUUUAUUCAACCUUGAUUGCUCGGUUUUAAAAAAAUCGUCUUACCAACUUGCCCUGGAACUACAAUCAUUGAUCCCUCAUUAUCUCAUAACCCACCCGCAUUUGGACCAUAUAUCGGCACUUGUGCUAAACUCUCCAGGAUUUGAUUGUGCUAGUGGUCCUCGAAAAGUAUACGGCUCGAAAUUCACAAUCGAUGCGUUAAAGAAACAUGUUUUCAAUGGGAUUGUCUGGCCGAACUUGGCGUGCAGUACCAAUGGAGGGUUUUUGAAAUUCAUCACUUUACCUAAUUUCCAAAUGGAGAAAGACUCGCGGGUUGUCGACUCAAAACAUAAUUAUUAUUAUCGAAAUAUUCAUGGGUCAAAUGGUGAAGAUGAUGUCAAUGGUUCAGAAAUAACCAUUAUUGAAGACUCGCACGGUCUUCUUCCAGAAAAACCACCACAAACCACCACCACCAAUAAUAAUAAUCAUCAUUGUCAUCAUCAUCAUGAUGAUAAUGUGGACUCAUAUCCUGGGAAAUUCUUGGUGACUCCAGAACUCCACCAUGCCACGGUUCCAAUAAAUCAUCUUUCUACCACCCCAGUCACCCAACUCAACCAAAACUUUUCAGUUUUACCAUUCACCACCUACCAUGGGAUUGUCCUGGACGGUGCCCAUUUGCAAGGCUGCGACACUCCUUAUUAUUCCACAUCAUAUCUCAUCAAGUCACAUUGGUUGGAUCAAUAUAUUCUUGUGUUUGGCGAUCUUGAAUCUUCGGGAAAUAAUAAAGCCAUUUGGCAAUCUGUGGCCCCACUUAUUGCUCAAGGAAGAUUGAAGACAAUUGUUGUGGAAUGUUCUAUGGAAAACGUCGAUGCAAACACUCCGUUGUUCGGACAUAUGACCCCGCAGCAUUUGGGUAAUGAAUUGGGGUGUUUGGCCAACUAUGUCACCAAAUCAUUGGAGUUGUCAGGCUCUUCGGCAUCACAGCUGCCGGGGGCUUCUUUGACAAACCAUUGUGGUGAUUGCCAAUAUUCUAAACCUUCAAAGUCGGAAAUCAUCAAAACUUCCAAAUCGUUUUGCACCACUCAAAAAGUCUCGUUGGAUGCUAAUUCUUGUGAAUCUCGCAAACCUCUUGAGGGAUUGAAAGUGCUUAUUAGUCAUGUCAAGGAAACAAAUACUGGCAAAGAUCCAAGAAGAAGAGUAUUGGAACAGUUAUUGGUGGUUGAGAAGGAGAUGGGUUUAGGAUGUGGGUUUACAAUCGUCAUGCCAGGUAUAACUUAUGUUGUAUAG